UAAUAAAUCUCAUGUAUGGUUCAGCGCAAACGCUUUUUAUCAAAUACUGCGAGGUAGGUUCAGUUGAGGGAUUCUAUACAAAGAUAAGCAUCAUGGAGAUGAAUAAAAGCUCAGAAACGGUGUUUUCCGACGAAAAAGAUGUCAAAUCUGCCGCAAGUGGUUUUUCGGCCGGUAGAAUUGUGUCAAUCGUCAUCUUGGCUGUUGGUUUAAUCUUCCUUCUUGCAGGAAUUGUGCUCAUUGUACUCGCAGUGAACAACGAUAAGAAAGCCACAGGGCAGCGAGAUCAAAACAACUGCGAGUUUUCGAGAGAAGCCAAUCGAGUUGGUCUUGGUGAGUUUCUUAGUCGUGUGAAGGCGACGUAUUAUAAACUUCAUCCUUAUGACGUGCACCGAGACCCAGAAGUAAAAACAGAAACGAUCAAAGCGGAGUACUCUGCUUAUGAUCCAACACCAUAUAUGAUUAAAAAGCGGACGGAUACUGCUCUGGCUUUGCUGAAAGAAAUCAAUGAUAAAAAGAUCAACGAAGACACGUUGAAACCCCGCGAGAGGAAGGCACUUGCUCAGGUAAAGCAUUUUCUGCAGCACAUAUUCGGUCAGCCGUAUGAUGUUAAUUACUACAAUGGAGACUGGAUGAUGGGACCGAAUUCGUUUUGCUGGCAGGAAAUUUGCUUUCACGGGUACGCCGUUAAUAUGUCACUAGGUAAACAUCACAAACCUCAAAAUUCUUUUGAUGUGGAGCUAAUCGAAAGAAAACUGAAAACUCACAAAGCUGGCAUUUUGCAAUUCAUCGAGAACAUGAAGAUGGGAGUACGCAAAGGAAUGGUCAGAAGUGUAGAGGAGUGUGAAGCUGGUAUUAACACAAUCAAAAGAUACUAUUUGAAUGUUUCUCUAUACAACGCAACAGGUGUACUAAGAGCGUGGUUCGUUCAACCCCUGAUGAAUCCUGAUUAUUACAGCAACAUCACAGAAAAUACGGAUAACAAAUGGAAGGCGGCGCACGGUGGAAAGAAUGUCAAAGAAACUAUCAAAGAAUAUCUGGUGACUUAUUUAGGAGAACCACUUGAACAAAUGUUAAGAUACGUCGAGGAGGAACACAUUCGUCAUUGUGUUCCAAGCAACGUGUCUAGCGGUUUAGCUGGUCUUCCACUCAAGUAUGUUUGGUUCGACGGCAAAGAGAACACCUCCCAGCCCACAGACCCAUUCCUGCCCACUGGUGAACCGCUGAAUGGAUCGUUGGCGUAUUCUAAGAUCAUGUCGUAUUUCACAACAAAUAACAUGACAGUAAUAGAAGUUCAUGAGCUUGGUAAAAAGCAGCUUGAUCUUCUCUAUCCCAUGGUUGUCGAUGUUGCAAAACUUGUCACUGAGAUCAACGAUACCAGCACGGCUAUAUCGGAGUUCAGAGACAUACUAACUUCAUCUGAUAGUUAUUUCAAUGCGGAUCCAUUUCCCAAAAACGAGUCUGAUAAAGAGGCACACAAGAAAUGUAGCGAUAUUGAAGGAGCUAAGAAACAUUGUCCCACGAGGUGGGCUACUUUGGAGCUCUGGAUGGCUGAAUCAAGGAAGGUGAUGAGUUUGCUUGCUCCGAAGACGAUUCCUCUCUUCCACUUCACUGGGGAUUAUGCGACCACACCCAGCUGCCCAGUUGAUAUGCAGCCCGAUCUGAAUCCGUCCAGUGGAGCUCAAAGCUAUCGACGUGCGGGUCCAAACUGCGCAAGAAGCGCCAAAUACAACCUUCCAUUUUUCUUGGAAAAUAUGGGUCCCAGGUUUUCCGAAUGGAGCGUGAACGCACACGAGGCGACGCCAGGACAUCAUACACAGGUUCAGGGUAAUGCAGAACACUUCCGCGACAUUUGCGGUGGUGCUAUUGGUUGGCUUGAUAGUGUCACGUACUACACAGCGUUUACAGAGGGAUGGGCGUUGUACGCUGAAAACCCGCUUAUAGCCCAGGAUACAGACGCUUAUAAGACCGAACCGAUGCAGAGGUUUGGAAUGCUGAAGUGGCAGGUUUGGCGAGCAAUACGGCUGAUCGUAGACACUGGUUUACAUUACGUUGGAUUCUCAAGGAACGAGGCAUUGGAAUACUUCAGAAAAUAUGCGUGGGACGAUACAGACCUUGCACAAAAAGAGGUUACUCGGUAUCAGAGCAACCCAGGACAAGCGACUGCGUACAUGAUUGGUCAAUUGGAGAUUGAAAAAGCCAGAAAGUAUACUAAAGAUAAUUUGGGGGAAAAGUUUAAUCUGCGAGAUUUCCAUUACCAGGUUCUCGCUCAGGGGUCCUCUCCGCUGGCCUACUUAUCAGAUCACAUUGAAAAAUAUGUAGCGUGUGUCAUGGGCAAGACGAAAGAAGGCUGUGACGUUAUUCUGAGACCACCGAAGAAACGCAAUGGAAAGAAAACAGCAGACGCGCCCCGUUGGCAAAACAUACCGAAACCUAUUUUACACUAUAUAUGAUGUGCACUUUUUGUUAGUGAUUGCUCAUUUUAGUGGCUGGCUCUUUUUUUCCGACUCUAACGAAAGGCCAAGCCUAAUUAGGAUCUUGUUAAUUGUUAAAAAUAGGCAGUUUAAGAAAUUUUUUUAAGCACUUAAGAGAACCAGUGCUUGAAUUUUAAUGCUAGAAGACAGUGUUGCAGAAGAUUUGUCUCACAUGCGAAAUACAAAACCUGCCGCAUCCCGCAUAUUUGUGAGUAUUCAAUAAGAAAAAGACGAUUCAAGAAUAUAGUGACUUAUUGACCCUCAACCUAUAAUUAAAAGGUAAAAAUAAUCAUAUCAAUAAUAAUAAUAUUAAUAAUAAUAAUAGUGAUAACAAUAGUAAUAAAAUUCAUAGGGGCUAGCUCAAGAACUUCACUGUUCCUCAAUCGGUCUAUCCUCUGGCAAGGCUCCAAUGACGAUUAAACCACGCUUCUUUUA